UUGGCGAUCCAGUGCAGAACCGCAAGCGCAGCGAGCUAGAACGCCACAAAAUCGGCGACGGAGAAAUCGCGAGAUCGCGAGAUCGUGCAAAUAUAUAGUAGCAAGUAGUAUAAAGUGCGGACUUGGCGAUUCGAGUGCGAGUGCCGGUGAAAAUACAUUCAACAGUUUUUCCCCAUUUCUAGUGCCCUCGGGUUCAAGUGUUUUAAAGCCUGAAGUGCCAGUUUUACACACCAAAUAGGUUGCAGCUUUAAGUAAUCUCGUGGACUCACUGGACUCGUGCGACGUAAAGCCAUAGCCAUUUUAUCAGCUUGCUACCCACCAACGCAGGCAUGGAUUUUAGAAAGCAUUUGGGUUUAUUGACGCUUCUCCUGGUCGCGGUAUUCGCGUUUUACGGUCGCCCAGCUGACGCCUGCAGCUGCAUGCCCUCCCACCCACAGACGCACUUCGCCCAGGCGGACUACGUUGUGCAACUGCGAGUCCUUCGCCAAUCAAACACCAUCGAGCCGGGCAAGACCACCUACAAAGUACACAUCAAACGCACCUACAAGGCUACACCCGAAGCGCGGCGGAUGCUACGCGAUGGUCGCCUGUCCACGCCCAAAGAUGACGCAAUGUGCGGAGGCGUACACCUCAGACUGGGAAGGGUUUAUAUAGUGGCGGGAAGGAUACCGACACUAAAUAUAUGCAGCUACUACAAGGAGUACACCCAGAUGACCAUAACAGAGCGCCAUGGCUUCAGCGGUGGAUAUGCCAAGGCCACAAAUUGCACAGUUACUCCCUGCUUUGGAGAGAGAUGUCUUAGUGGACGAAAUUAUGCUGAUGCAUGCAAAUGGUCGCCUUUUGGAAAAUGCGAGACAGACUACAGUGCCUGCAUGCCGCACAAAAGGCAGACGGUCAAUGGAGUCAUUUCCCAAUGCCGCUGGCGACGCACGCAGUUCUACAGAAAGUGCCUGAGCAAUCCGUAAGGCAAUACGGGUCUUAGUUCCCCAAGUCCUUCGCUUGUCCUUGUUAUGCUAUCGUUUUUCUCUGUCCAGAGCUUUAAUACGUACGUUAUGCCUAAUGUGUUAUUUAAUAAUUGAUGCUUUCGAACUUGUAA